AUGGCUCGCCUGUAUUUUCUCUCCGGGUCCAUUGCCUUGAUCGCUCUCGCUGGCGUCAACGCUGGACAAUGCCGUCCCUCAUCACCUGCUGUGACUACCACUACUGGCCUUGAAACAACAGCAACCACGUCUAUCGAUAUCGGUGACACCACCACCGUCCCGUUUACAUCUCUUACUGCGACCGAGUCGACGGAGACGCUCGCUGUCACACUUUCAGCCUCCGAAACAAGCAACACUGGAACAGCUGUGGCUAGCACUAUUGCUCCUGUCGCGUCAGAUACCACCACCGCCAUGACUACCGAUGCCGUGACAACUACUGUAGACGCCACUACCACCACUGUGGCUGCAACAACCAGUGCUGCUCCAGCUGAGGCAUGCAAUGGGCUGCCGAGAGAGUACACUGCACCUCGAGGGACCACGUUUGACAUUGACUGUGGACGUAGGCCCACUGGCAACGUGAGGCUCAUUGGCCAAGAGGAUGCAACUGACUUCAAGGCUUGUGUCGGGUAUCUCUUGGUCGAUUCAUUCGAUGGUACUGAAGCGUCCAAUAGCGACGACUUUGCUAAGGCGAGGUCACGCGGUACCUGA